AUGAUGAAGGCUUUAUUCGAUAUGCUGCGGCCCUUCCACCCAGAAGUCCCGAAGGACCCGCGAACGCUCCUGAAGACUCCCAGGAGUUGUAACAACAAGGUCUUCAGCAACGGGAACUAUGUCCAUCUGGGCAUUGAGCGAGCUUUGCUGGAUGAGGUAAACCGUCGUCAAACGACUGAAAUUCCUGAAAUGCGCAUCCAAUUGCACAUUGAUGGGAUGAAGUUGUUUAAAGGAUCGGGUCAAUGCCUUUGGCUAAUACUAGCGCGAAUUAGUCACCCUGUUAUUGGUGAUCCUUUCGUCGUUGGUGUAUUUUCCGGCUUCGGCAAACCCGAACCAGUCGACGAGUUUCUUCAUGACUGUGUUUGCGAACUGAAAGGACUUCUAGAUGGUGGCCUGCGACUCCCAGGUACAGGGGCUAUUGUAAAAGUGGAGCUAGCCAAUAUAAUUUGCGAUGCCCCUGCCCGCUCCUACAUCCGCCAAGUCAAGGCACAUAACGGAUACUAUGGAUGCGAUAGGUAGGUUUGUUCAUCUAGCUAACCUAAACCACUCUAGGUGCUGUCAUGUAGGAAUUCCCAUAGCUAACCGGAUGACAUUUCCGCCAUAUAGUGGGCGUCCUCGCGACGAUAUGUCAUUCCGGUUGCGAAAGCAGGCCAUGCACCAUCGGGGCAUAUCACCAUUCGAGGAGUUACCCAUCGAUAUGGUUGCCUGCUUUCCCAUGGACUACAUGCACCUGGUAUGCCUGGGAGUAAUGCGUAAAUUGCUGCACAUGUGGCGCCUCGGGGUGAAGAAGUUUUCUGCGGCGCUCAAUGCGCGGAUUAAACAGUGCAGCAAUUGUCUACCGGCAGAAUUUGCUCGGAAGUGCCGCACUCUGGAUUGUCUGGAGUAUUGGAAGGCGGCCGAAUUCCGGCAAUUUCUCCUUUACAUCGGGCCGGCAGUUUUAAAUUCAUUUCUUGACCAGGAGCGGUAUCAGCACUUCCUGAAGUUGUCUGUUGCCAUGUAUAUAUUUUCUCAUCCCCGGUUACACAUUACAUGCAUUGACUUUGCACGCAUCCUUUUAAAUGGCUUCGUAGAAGACUUUGGCAAGCUGUACAAUCCAGCUGACCUGGUUUACAACGUGCAUUGUCUGGUCCACCUUCACGCAGAUGUAUCGCGGUUCGGAGUGUUAGACAACUUCUCGGCUUUUCGCUUCGAGUCGUUUCUGCAAAACGUCCGCAGUUACAUUAAAGUACCGACAAACGUAGCCGCGCAGGUGUACAGGCGCAUUAGUGAAAGGCGCCUGCCUGAGUUGUCCACAGGUCCCACGCUGUUGGACGACGAUGAGGGAGUUCCACGGUCUUUGCAGUUGCCCCGCAGCUCUAAGGACAUAUUACACAACGGGUAUCUUUUGUCGACCCAAUCUCCUGACAAUGUGGUACUUGUCGGCGAUAGACCGUGCGUACUGACAUCUGUGUCGGCUACAGGCAUAGUUUACCGCCAGUUUGUUGAUUGCCAAGACUGCCUGGAUCCUGCAUUCCCUUCCUCAAAUUUACUCAUUUUUAAGGCCUCCCUUUUGGACAGCAAACUUUCGAAUGCUUCUCUUGAUGACAUUAUUUGUAAAUACGUUGCGCUACACCUGGACGGUUGUUUUUACCUCAUUCCCAUGUUGCAUACUUUUUGAUUUUUGAUCUCCCAAUUUUUCCGUUUUGCAUCUCAUAGACAUUUUUCGAUUUUACAUUUUGUGGACACUGCUUAAAGAUGUAUGCGGUUGUUGAGUUUGUGAAUGAUAAAUCUGUGUCGGCCGUGCCGAUGUGUUGGUUCCACAGCGAAGACUGUGUGAUGUGGGUUAAGAACCACAAGCUACGUGACCGUCUACUUGUGAAUAACGAAAGGCCUCCAGAAAGCACAAAGAUUUACGCGGUCCGUGUGCUGAAGAAUGACCUCUCACUCGACAGAGCACUUCAGCUGGAAAAAAAGGCUGUAGACACUGACGAUCUUUCCCACUCAGAGCCUACCGAAUUAGGCCGAGGGAUGAGGAAAAGGUAAGUGUUUGCUUUUCAUUAAUUUAUCUUUGUAGGUUUGUCCGCCAGCUCACCUCAGACGACGACGAGGAUGAUGAUGAUGAAGAAAUGGCUGCGCAAAGGCCAAGACAAGAUAAUCAAUUAACUGCCUGGCCCACGCCGCCACGCAUUCUCCAGUAA